CUUUUAAGCAUUAUUAUUCCUUGAGAAUAUCUCUCUCUCCUCCUUUCUUCCCUCUGUUUCUAUAUCUAUUCGUCUGUCUGUUUGUCUGUCUCUCUCUCCUCUCUCUCUCUCCCUCUGAGUCCGUCCAUCCAUUUUUCUACCUACCUCUCCUACCUACGAAUCUUCCCUCAAAAGUGAGUCUUUUUCUUCUUCAAUUGAAUACAUCUUGUCUCUAUUAGCCUUACGAAACUUCGCUGGUCUCUAUUGUGUAUUAGUUCUCCUUUUAUUCAUCUGUUUAGCAGCCCAUUUCUCUCCCGUCGCCUAUCAAGUUUAUCAAGAGAAUCUUUGGAAAUAUGCUUACUCACAUUUUGUACGUUCUCUUUCUUACUGGAGAAUUAAUUCAACUUGUAAAUGGAAUCAAAGUAGCAUUAUUGUUGCCGGAAGAAGGUCAAGAUAUUCCCACGAUAGGAUCCAGUAUCGGAGCUUUGGAGCUGGCUAUUGAAAAAAUUAAUAAGAGUUAUUCCUUCGAAAUAGAAUGGAAGGAUUCAAAAUGUUCAAAAGGAGGUUCUAUAUCAGCUCUAUACGAGCUGAUGGAACAAUCGAAAUAUUCUUUAAUUAUGGGUCCAGCGUGUUCUGAGGCGAUGAAGCCUACAGCUGAAUUAGCUUCUUAUAGAGAUAUUCCAAUUUUUGGAUUCUUUUCGCCUAGUCCAGAUCUCUCCAAAAAGUCUGUAUUUACAACUCUAGUACGACUGCUUGGGCCUACCAACUAUGUUGCAGUUGGAUUACGCAAAAUGUUAUCCUAUAUAGGAUGGAGUCACAUAUUCCUAGUAUCGAGUAACGCCGCCGAAUAUAGAACCUUAGCCGGAUCAAUUAAUGAUAUAUAUAAAGCUUCUGGGAGUAUAGCAAGAUGGAUAAUGGAUGUUGAUCUGAAUCCAGCUGAGAAUGAAAUAGAUAAUAUUUUAGUUAAGAUUAAGUCUGAAGCACGAAUAAUCAUAUUAUGUGUACCUUCGCAUCAAUUGCGUAAAUGGAUGCUAAGAUCUGUUGAAAAUAAUAUGGAAGGUGGAGAAUAUGUAUUUGUAUAUACAACCACCCACAUUCCAGAUCCGUUCUGUAUGAAGUCUUUAAUGAAGAAAGAAGUUGAAAGUUUCUUAACAAAAGCUGACGAGGCGGCCACGAAGAGUGGAUAUUUGAAUAAAUUUGGAGUACAGUUUAAAAAGAGUAACAGCUAUUCAUUAUAUCUGCACGAUGCUCUUCUUCUAUUCGCAACUGCUCAUCAGGAGCUACAGAAUAAAAAUCAAGCCACAAGUGGAACAUCAUUAUUCUCCAUUGUAAAAAAUAGAUUUUAUCCAUUAAAAUCAGAUAAUUUUUGGUCGACUGGUGAUGUGUAUAUAUCGGAUAAUGGGGAUAGGCAACCAGGAUUCACACUUUUUGAUUUAAAAUCCAAUGGAAUAUUCGAGGAAGCCGUUGAAUUAAUACCAGAGAAAUUGAGUGCAAAUAUUACAACAAGCGUGAAAUCGUUGUCGAGUAUAAUUUGGGGAGAUGGAACAGCUGGACUUUCUAAUAAACCGCAAGAUAUUCCAGAUUGUGGCUUUCAAAAUGAGAAUUGUCCCAAUUUGGCUUUAUAUAUAACUCCCCCGACUGCAAUUAUGAUUUCUUGUAUUAUUGGAGCCAUAGCUUACGUUCUCUGUAGACGUUUUCAAAGGGAAAAAGAUUUGGAAAAUAUGACGUGGAAAAUUAGAUUCGACGAUUUGAAAGAGAUUAAAAAGGAUUUAGCCAGUCAGAAUGCGUCAAUAAUCUCUAAAGGGUCAAUAUGCACAAAUUCCACUCUAGACCAUUCGACAUCACCUGAAACUAAGGUGUCAAUUAAAACUGCUGAAUAUAGAGGAGGCAUUGUCGUAGUUAAAAGCUUGAGAAAACAACGUGUCAAAAUCGACAGGGAUUUGAAGAUUGAAAUGCGCUCCAUGACCGAACUCAAGUCGAAUUUUUUGGCAUCGUUUAUUGGAGCUUCCACCGAUAUUUCUAAUGUUUGUGCAAUAUGGGAAUUCGGUACGAAAGGAAGUCUUAAAGAUGUUCUAGAGAACGAUGAUAUAUUCCUAGACGAUACAUUUAAAUUCUCUUUUGCUAACGAUAUUCUAAGCGGCUUAAAGUACUUGCAUACAAGCCCUUUGAAGUACCAUGGAAAAUUAACAAGUAAAAACUGCAUUAUCGAUGGAAGAUGGCUAUGUAAAUUAACAGAUUACGGCUUAGAGAAAUUUAAAGAAGGAGAAGAUCAUAAUCUGACAACUUCAGACUUAUUUUGGAUUGCUCCUGAGCAUCUUGAUACCGAUUUCGACGAUUCUACACCACCAAGAAUAACUGGUAGAUCGCCAGAAGGUGACAUCUAUAGCGUCGGUAUAAUAUUUAAAGAGAUAUUCACUAGAACUUCCCCUUUCGAGGAAUACGACGAUCUAAAUGACAAUGAGAUUAUUAAAGAGAUUAUUAAUGGUAAUUUAUGUCCAAAGUUGGAGGAUUUAGAAGAGUCCAGUUCACUCGAAUCGCAAAUAUCAAAUCUUAUAAAACAAACUUGGCAAAUCGAUAAUCAAAAGCGACCGAGUUCAUCUAAUCUAUUAAAGAAUUUGGCUAUUAUAAAUCCCCAUCGUUCUAAAAAUGUUGUUGAUAAUAUGGCUAAAAUGCUGGAGAAGCAAUCGGAACAAUUAGAAAAGAUUGUCGGUGAAAAGAGUGAGCAGAUAGAAGCGGAAAAGAAAAGGCUAAUCGCUAAAGAAUUAAUAAAUGGAAAAGGAAUUCAAGCGGAGAGUUUUGAAGCGGUUACAAUCUAUUUCUCAGAUAUUGUUAAGUUUACAAAUCUAGCUGCUAAAAGCUCACCAAUGCAAGUUGUCGACUUAUUGAACGCUCUUUACACUCUUUUUGAUCAAACAAUUAGUGUACACGACGUAUAUAAGGUUGAAACUAUUGGAGAUGCUUACAUGUUAGUAAGCGGAUUACCGAGGAGAAACGGUGAAAAACAUUGUACAGAGAUCGCAAACUGCGCUUUAGAUCUUCUCAGUGGUAUCUUAUCGUUUAAAGUUCCUCAUUUGCCUGACUAUAAAAUACAAAUUAGAAUUGGUCUUCAUAGUGGUAGUGCCGUAGCUGGAGUAGUUGGAAAGACAAUGCCUAGGUAUUGUCUAUUCGGAGAUACAGUCAACACAGCGAGUCGAAUGGAAAGCAACGGACUACCAUUAAGAAUCCAUCUAAGUAAAAGUACAUUCAAAGGUCUAAGCCUAUUCGAUGGUUAUUUAAUGGCUGAAAGAGGAGGUAUAGAAGUUAAGGGAAAGGGUAAUAUGACAACAUACUGGCUAAUUGGUAAGAUUGGAUUUAUGAAGCCCCUUCCUGAUUUCGAUAUUUUAAUUAAAGAGGACGACCCGAGACCCAAACGUUUACCGCCUACUAUGGCAAAUAAUGAGAAACUUAGAAAGAAUAGUGUUUACGGAGCAUCUGAUGUAAUAGUGAUGAAAACUCCCGUCCCAAAGAAGCCUGUAUUGAAACCAAUCGAUCAAACUAUUUCUCCGCUAUAA